CAAUAUUAUCAUCAAUUUCAACUUAUUUUACUCAUUUUCUUCUUGUUGUUCAUCUCUUUAUCACAUUCUUCAACUAUGUCCAUUCAUGAUCUUCUAAAAUCCAAAGGCUUACCAUAUGGUCUUCUUCCAAAAGAAGUAAAAUCUUAUAAUUACUCAUCAACUAAUGGGCUUCUUGAAGUUUAUUUAUAUGGGCCUUGUUUGACUAAGUUUGAUACAAUAGCCUUUUAUGAGAGUUAUUUGAAAGCUAAUCUUACUUAUGGUAGCCUUAAUGGUGUUCAAGGACUUUUACAAGAAGAAUUAUUUGUGUGGCUACCUGUUAAAGGAAUUAUUGUUGAUGAUCUUAAUUCUGGGAUUAUACUUUUUGAUAUUGGAUUAGCUCAUAAACAACUUUCACUUUCACUUUUUGAAGAUCCACCACAUUGUAAUCCAAAUGGAAUUCUGAAAAAGAAAACUGAAACAGGACAGAGAUUUGAAGCACAAAGAUAGAAAAUGUUGUCUUGUGACUUAGAUAUUUACUUACAAUAAUAGUAGUUGUGUUUCUCGUCCGUUAUUUG